UGUCAUGCACCAAUCUCAAUCUCCACCACCGACCUACCUUCUCAGACAAAGCAAGGAAGAAGAGAAGGGGUAGGAGGCAGUGUUUGGUAAAGGAGAAGAAGCAAAGAGAAGAGAGGGAGACUUAAUGAAAAACAGCUACAGCUGACAACCGUUGUUGUAAAACAACGGAACAGAAGAACAGAGAUGUAAUGGAAGAAUCAGUUCAGAAUAGAGCGCUAAUGCAACUUAACAGAUGCAAACUGCAGUGAAACAUUACCACCAGCCAACGGGAAGCUCAGUAGCAACCUGUGGAUCAACAGCACAAGCAGAGCAAGGCAUUAUUAGUUCAUUAAAAUCUUAAGAAUGAAAAACCAAAAGAAUACACCUCAGGAUGCUGAAGCAGAAGAUACAGAAGCAGACCACCAAAAUUGGUCUUAUGGCCUAAGUGAGAGAGAAGAUGAUUUCGUGAAAGAACUCCCCAGAUCAACAAAAAAUAUAACUGAUGCAUUUAAGGCUGGGAAGUCUAGAGCCACAGUCAAUGAUGAUGAGGUUUCAAACGAUGACGGCAUAUGUGGGGAAAGCCACAAAUAUCUGAAAACCCAAAGAAUCAGCAGGUCCUCAGAAACGGACCACCAAUCCUGCUCUAGUGACUUCAGUGAGGUUGAGGCUGAGUUUAGGGAUGAACUCCACAACUUUGAGCUUUCAGAUGAUGAAGACACAGAGAAAGGUGCAUUCAUGACAACCAACAAAAUCCACAGUUCUUCAGAAGCAGACCUUUUUUCCUACUCUAAUGAGGAUGAAGAGGAUUCUGUGAGGGAACCCCUGAAAUCAACAAAAAAUAGGGCUGGUGUGUUUCAGACUGGGAGGUCUAGAGGCAGAACUAAACACUUUCAGCUUUCAGACUCAUUCUUGAACACCCAAAGUACUCGCAACCAUUUAAAUGACGACCACCAAUCCUUGUCUGAUUACUUUAAUGAGGUUGAAGAUGAGCCCCCCAAAUCAACAAAGAAUACGACCGAUGCACUCAAGGCUGGAAACUGUAGAGCCACAACUAAUGAUGAGGAGCUUUCAUAUGAUCAAGGCAAAUCGUCUCUGAAACCCCAGAGAAUCAGCAGUCCCUCCGAAUCAGACCAUCACCCCUGCUCUAGUGACUUCAGUGAGGCUGAAGAUGAGUUUAUGGAUGAACUCCAUAAAACAAUAAAACAUAGGGCUGAUGCAUUUAAGGCCGUGAAGUCUAUAAUCACAAUGAACACAGCUGUGCUUUCAGAUGACGACGACACAAACAAAGAGUCAUUUUUGAAAGCCCCCAGCAUCUGCAGUCCCUCAGGUCCCUCAGACCACUACUCUGACUCUGAAGAUGAUUCUGAGAAGAAACUCCUCGAAUCAACAAAAACUAGGGUCAGAAAUGCAUUUAAGGGUCGGAAAUGUAGAGCCAGAAUUAGCUAUGCUGAGCUUUCGGACGAAGAAGGCAGGAAAGACUCAGAGCACCGCAGUGCCUCAGAAGCAAGCCACUACUCCCACUCUGAUGAAGAUGGAAUUCAUUCUGUGGAGGAGAUCUCCAAAUCAUCAAUAAAUACUGCUGAUGUACAAAUAGCUGGAAAGUCCAGAGCCAGAAUGAAAGACUUGGAGCUUUCAGAUGACGACAGCUCAAAGGAAGACUCAUUCUUGAAACGUCAGAGAACCAGCAGUGCAAAAGCAGGCAACCAUUCCCGCUCCGGUGUCUUCAAUGAGGUUGACGACGAUUGUGAGAAUGAACUCCUCAAAUCAAGAAUAAGCAAAGCUGAUGAAUUAAAGGCUGGAAAGUCCAGAGCCAAAAACGAACCGGUUUCUGAAAUCAAUAAAGCACAUCUGUCUAUCUAUCAAUCAUGUAAUGACAUUGAACGUCCUGUGGAUGAGGAGACAAUGAAUCAGUCAUUCCUGAACAUGCAAAAAAUCCACAGUCCCUCUGAAGCAGACCUCGACCCUGACUCUGAUGAGGAUGAAUAUGUUUCUGUAAGGGAACCCCCCAAAUCAAAAAACAGGGUUGGUGCAUUUAAGACUCAGAAGUCCAGAGCCGGAACUGAAGACGUGGAGCUUUUAGAUGAAGUUGCCUUCCUGGAGAUGCAAAGAAACAGCAGUCCUUUAGAAAAGUCGAGUCAAAAUGUGAUAUCAGAUCCCACCAUUGGUGGACAUAACACUAUUAAGACUCGACAUCUAUCAAGACUGGACUUUAAACUUGUGCCUUUAGCAGAUAGUGCUGCAGAGAGGGAGCCACCGAGUCCCACUGCUCAAGUUGCAGAGAAGUUUCUUGAAGAAGCCGUAACCCAGGACCUCGACAGGUCACGUACUCCCUCUGUCCACUCCACUCACACAUCCAACCCCACUGCCGUGAGGAGCUGUAGUCCCAGAUUCCAUCAACCUUUUGAAGAAUUUAAUGAAGACUUGGGAAGUCACUCAGUUCAUUGUGUCGCUCAAUUCUCACACAACCAGGAAAGAAUAUCUGACACCAGGAUUUCAAGUUCUCAUCCAGAAAUCAAUAAAAUCGAAACAACCAAAAAUCCAUCCAUCAAAUCCAAAUUCCAGAGAACAUGCUCUAUAAAGAUAGAACCAAAGUAUCUGGGAACGCUCAAACUUUUAGACCAAAAGGUUUUCCAAACAGAGUCUGAGCCUCUUACUGUCAAUUUACUCAGAGCGGCUGUUUAUCACAAAUGGCUUAAAAUGAAAAAUGAAAAGUCGAGAGAGAACAUGCAAACAAAGAAAGAAGAGGAAGAAAUCAAGAAAAAGACAGAGCAAGCGAAAAAGGAAGCUGCUGUCGCGUCAUAUGAAGCUUGGGGGAAAAAGAAAGCGAGUCUCAAAGCCGAGGCCAAACAAAAGCAAGUCAUGAGGAGAAAAGAGCAGCAAGCGAGCAGAAGGCGAAAAGCCGAGAAAAGGCAGUCUGCGAAAAGGGAAUUUGAAAAAUGGAAGCAGGAACAUGAUCAUCUGCUAAAAGAGCGGUACAGAGAAGAGAAAGAAGCUGAAAAUGACUUGAAGCUCAAAAUCAAUCAAGAGAAAUUUGAGAAAACUCGCUCUGCUCAAAAAGCAUUUGAAAAAUGGAAAAAGGAACAUGAUCAUCUACAAAAAGAAAAGUGCAUAAAAGAGAAAGAAGAGGAAAACAACCUCACGCUCAAAAAGCAAAAGGAGUGGCUGGAAAAACAGAGGAAUAAUGAGUCGAAUUUCCGCAACUGGUGUGAAAAGAAGCAAGCCAUGACAAAGUGCCAAGACUUUAAAAGAAAGCAAGCAGAGGAGGAACGCAUGAGAGAAAAAGAAGAGAGAGAUAAACAGGCUUUGGAUGCGUAUGAAGACUGGCUGACAAGAAAAGAUCUCAAACACAGGAGCGAAGAAAAACUAAAGACGGCAAACUUCUACCACUGAAUCCUCCAAAUAAAACUAUAACAUUUUGAAAAGUUAAAUAUCACCAAUGCUGUGUUACAUUUUAGGUUCAGUUACCCUAACCCGACUUGACAUAAGAAAAGGGCUUUUUACUUUUAUAAUAAAUCACUCUACCAGUGCAUCAAUACACUGGUAUAGUGCAUCAAUGGUUAAUGUUGUCACUUCCUACUGAAAUGUCCGGGCCAGAACUGACUGACUUCUCGUUCUUCCCAACGUGAGAAAAAGAACAAAUGUCUCUGUUCUUGCAGAGUGUGUACAGGCCUUUAGUCGGACAUCUUCAACAUACUAUUAGUGACGGAGAACCGGGACAGUGACGACAGCCCGGUAAGAGCCAGCUAAUGUGAAAAUUCACAUGUAAUGGGUGGUGUU